UUGAGAAUCAGGACAAAGAGCCUUUUCUGGCAGAAGCAACCUUCCUGAAAAUAAUCUGGACAAAUUAGUGUCACAAGAGUGGGGUGAAAAACGCUGGAGCUCCUGACGUUUUCCCCAGCGCCUGGGCUCGGUUGGUGUUGUGAACUGAUCGGUCAUUGAUCAGAUGUUAUGCGCCAAGCAUGGUACCGAAGAUGCAUAACUAGAAAAAAUAGGCCUGUAAAUUAUUCAUUUGCAGCUAAAACACUGCCGUUUUUGCAAGCAGAGGACAGAAAUGAAGACCUGUGACUUCAUACUGCCAUUUUUUACCCUUGGAUUUGUUCUAGCUAAUGCGGGAGAAACUUUUUCCGAAAAUGAAAACGGCUUCGAGGAACUCUUAAGGAGCAUCUCUUCCGGUCUGAGGAUAAGAGACGAGCCGGCGGUGAUCGAGAGCGCGCUCCGGUUCGAGGGAAGAGCGUUUGAGCUUUCGGGAAAUGAAAAUUCCGUUAAUUGGAAGAACGUAUUGGAGGAUAAUUCUCAAACUACGCCAUGCACUGAGCCUGUGCCUGAGGGUCCCAGGGUCCAAACGAAGGACGGGAUUCUGAAAGGGCGUGCAGCGGACAGAGCCUAUAUUUUCUACGGGAUCCCCUACGCCAGUCCUCCGGUGGGAGCUGCGCGAUGGAGACCCCCGUCUCCCGUGGCUCCCUGGACAGGAGUCUACGACGCCACUUCCCCCAGGGCCUCCUGUAUGCAGGCCUGCAGUGGCCCCGUCUCACAAGUGUGUCCGGAGAAGGUGAGUGAAGACUGUCUGUACCUGAAUAUAUUCGUGCCGCUGAGCGUCAACUUCACGUACCCCCUACUCAAACCCUUGCCGGUCAUGGUGUGGAUCCACGGGGGAGACUUUAUCGCUGGCUCUGCCUCCAAGCCGCUAUACGAUGGGAGGUCUAUGAGCAACUUCACACGCACGGUGUUGGUGAGCGUGGAAUAUCGUCUAGGGGCAUUUGGUUUCCUCGUGUCUGGCAAUGAUCCCAAAAGCUCAGCCGUGGGGAACUACGGGAUCCUGGACCAGCAGGCCGCUCUGCUGUGGCUGCAGCAGAACAUCGCUCUGUUCGGCGGGGACCCCAGCAAGGUGACCAUAUUUGGGGAGAGUGCGGGGGCUCAGUCUGUGAGCCUCCACCUGAUGGUGAGCAGCAGUAUGCAUCUGUUUAAGCAGGCCGUGUUCCAGAGCCUUCCAUUCUCCAUCCCGCUGAAGACCAGACAUGAUGCAUUGAAGCUAGGGAGGGAAUUCGCAGAGCUGGCCAACUGCACCUCCAGGGACCUGGCCUGCCUGCAGGCCCUGAGCCCCCAGGACGUCCUCGCUGCCCAAAUUAAAGCAGGCUCUAAGAUAGUGAACCCGUUCCGGUUCCUGGAGGUGUUUGAGACGUGGGGGCCAUACAUCGACGGGGAGCUGAUCAAGGAGCAGGCUGUCACUGCCUUCCAGAAGGGCCACUGGCAGAAAGACAAGCCAGUUCUGCUCGGGACUACCUCCGAGGAAGGGGUGGCGUUCGUCUAUGGAGUCUUCACAGAACCCGUGUCUAUUCUGCAGUGUGUGGUUUACACCACAGCCAUCUUCAAACAGCACGCCCUGAGGAUUCUGCACAAGUACCUGCCCCUGUACCAAGACCCUGACCACCGGACCAUGCUGGCGCAGAUCGUGACGGACUACAUCUUCCUGUGCCCCGCCCGUAAGGCGGCGCGGGCGGCGGCAGCCUCGGGCAGCAGCGCGUGGAUGUACGUGUUCGACCACGCGGCGACGGACCUCCGCGUGUGGAGGGGCCUGUCCUUCUGCUACGGACACGUCUGCCACGGCGCCGAGCUGCCCUUCCUGUUCAACUCGGCGAGCGUGGCCAACUUCUCCCUCACGCCGCCCGAGACGCUGCUGGCCAAUCGGAUGCUGUGCCUCUGGGGCGCGUUCGCCCACGGGGCGGACCCCACCGCCGGGCCAGAGGAGACGCGGUUCUGCAGGGGGCAGCGCCCCCCCGUCUGGCCCCGGUACGAGGACACCAGCGGCUGGCUGGUGAUGAACUUCACCCUGCCCCCCCACCCGCAGGCCGGCACCCGUGACCACGUCUGCGACUUCUGGGACAAGCUGGGCAUCUACUAGCCUGAUGCUACCUCCAGGCCGGCUAACCGGCAACUUAUCGGCAUUGGUUCUGCGGCCAUUUUGAUUCUGUGAACUUCCUCUUAGCAUCUACUAGCCCGAUGCUACCUCCAGGCCGGCUAACCGGCAACUUAUCGGCAUUGGUUCUACGGCCAUUUUGAUUCUGUGAACUUCCUCCUAGCAUCUACUAGGCCAGCGAUCAUCAACUCUGGCCCUGGUUCUCUCUUCUCCUGGGUAAAUAACUGAAUGCCUCGAUGACCGUGAUUUGCUGAUCCCUGCACUAGGCAGAGGCAGUGACUGUUUGGAGUCAGCUUCACCUUGCCUAGACCACUCUAAUGUGUUUUUUCACUGCAUACAGUAGCAUUUAGUGAAAUGAUGGAAUGAGUUGUAUGUUUAAUCUCCGAAAUUUGUUCAAAUCACUUUUGUCCCUUUUCUCAAAAUGCUCAUCUUCAAGUCUAUAUAACUUUAAAAAAUAAAAUAUUCACCAUGAUCAGGCCAUUCAGUCAAUGUAGGCCCAUCAUUUUCCUAAUGACUAAAUAAAGUACUGCCACUGUUAGCUUGAAUACCAUGGUUCUGCUUCUUCUACCUGACUUGGCAAACGGUUCCAUAGUUUUAUCAUUUUCUGCAGAAAGAAAUCCUGAUGUUGUCAUAUCCCUUAGCAGAUUAUUGUGGAAUGGCUCAUUUCAAACACUUCUCUU